UAUAAUUUGCAGAAUACGAUUUUUUACUAAACACAAUUAAUUGUUGCAUGUAAUCAAAAUACAUGUACCAAAUAUUAUUUGGAGGUAUCUAAUCUGUUAAAACGUUCACGCAUUAAAGGGACGUAAUCGAGUUACACUGUUCGGCGCGCUUUCUAACAAGUGCAAUGGACGACCUCAGUGGCGUUUCAUUGCAGGAAGUUGAGACUGGAAAAUCGGCGGUCAGCCAAUUAGACAGUGGCUUUGAUGAGUAUACUCCAGACAACGUCCAAUCAGAGAGUUCCAGCCAUUGUGACAUAGAUGAGGCAGGAGGAGUAGAUGACCAAUCAGAAAGCAGCUAUCAACCAGACGUAGAACAGACAGAAGAAGCCUCUAAGUCAGGGAUGACCUCAGACAUCCAGUCAGACAGCACCAGCCAUCACAGCACUGAAAUAGCUGAAGCAACAGAUGACACUGGUGAUCACCACUUGGAAAAGACGGAGUCCAAGAAUUGUGAUGAAGAACAGACUGAAAACAUCAGCCAGCUGGAUAUAGUGACAGAUUUGAACAGUACCGAUCAACAUGGCUUGGAACCAGCAUCAGCAGGCAACACCGAGUUUAAAGAUGAUAAUGUAGGUGAUGUGGAACCCAAGGACAAGGACCAACAAGAGCCAGGAACUGAUGCUGAUUCUGAUGCUGAUGAAGAGAGUACAAACAAAACUACUGAAAACGCUGUAGAUGGAGCACAAGAGAGCCAGGAGGCAGAUGGCGAAGAAACUGAUCAAAUACAACAAUCUGAAGAUUUGGAUGUCAAUGAAAGUGAUUCAAUUGCCGCUGAAGAUAAAACCGAUUCUGGUGACCAACUUGCAGAGAUGCCUGAAGAUAAGACAGAACCAGGUGACAAAGACAAGGAAUCUAUGCAAACCGAGGACAAUGAUGGUGACAAUGCUGAAAAAACUGCUGAUGUCAGUAAUGACAGUAGCACUGAAAAGUUAGAAGGUGAAAAAGAAGCAGCAACAAACUCUGAUGAAGAUAUGGAAACAGAAGAAGCAAGAGCUGAAACUGAUUCAUCUGAAAUGAACAAACAAGAUGAGAAGUCUGCAGAAACAGAUUCAAGGGACAAAGACCAACAGUCUUCAGAAGUUGCUAUGGACACUGAGGACAAUAAAACUUCAGAUGACGGUGAAAGAUCUGCAGAAAUGGAGUUGGACAAAGGUGAUUCUGUGAAGGAGUCUGUUGGUGCUGAUGCUACUGAAGGUAAUAAAGAUGUAAUAGCUGAAGGUACCACUGAGAGCAGUGGUGCUGGUGACAAACAGAUGGAUCGCGCUGUGAGCAAGGAGACCGCAGACAACAAGUCUGAAGAUUCAGCUGGAAAAGAGUCGGAAGACACGUGUGUGAAGGAAUCUAAGGACUCUGAUGUAAAGCUUGCUGAAAAGUCUAAAGCCAGCAAAGGUGAAGAUGAUGACCUUGUGUUGAUAGAGGAUGACAAACCGGAGGCUAUAGUUGUUGAUGAUGACGACGAUGAUGGGGACUCCAAGAAAGACAAACUCGCCAAUGGUGUAAUUAACUCUGGAAAUGACAUGGGUCUACAGAUUUCCUCUGUGUCUGGACGAGUCGACAUGCCCGAUGAUGCAGCUGACAAGAGCAAAGAAACUAGUGACGUGAAAGACGAGCCCAAGUCCCCAGCUAUAACUACAGACAAGAAGGCUUCAGCACUGGCAGAUAAAAAGACAUCCGGCACAUCUCAAAAAGCAUCCAAGUCACAAACCUGCAUUGUUUGCUCAAAGGUUGGUCGAUGCAAGUAUAACAUUGUGAGAAAUGGCGAUACUAAACAUCUCUGUGACGACAUCUGUUUCCGCCGGUUUCGUUCAAAUCCCACUCAGUUCCUCAAAGGAAGCACAACAACAACUCCUACAACUACAACUACAACUCCUGCUGCAGGCAUCAAAUCACCAACGACUCGAUCACGCACGGGAUCUUUGCCCGCAUCAUCACCGCGUAACUACCGAGAGGAGCCUGAUCUUCCACUGAUCGAACUAGCUGGGUCGACCAGUCAGACACCUACAGCAGCUCCUGCCCCAGUUGCAGCUGCUGUCGCCGCCCCGCUGAUGCCUCCUCCUCCUCCGAUGGUGGUGAACAACAGCACGUCCCAGUACAAGACAUGCACAGUGUGCCAGCUGAUGAACAUCAACACCCAGAAACCGUUUGCCUCGUGGCAGGGUCUCGACUUCUGCGGCGAGAUGUGUCUGAACAAGUUCCAGUCCACCCUCAACACGUCCUGUUCGUACUGUGCGUCAUUCAUACCCAACGCUACCCGCGUCCUCUACUCCAUUAAAGUGGGCCAGGAGAUACGCUUGUUCUGCGCCAACAAGUGUUUACAGGAGUUCAAGAAGCGGCUGCGGCUGUGUGCGUAUUGUCAGACUGACUUGGCGGGAUGUCCCGAUUCAUUUUCUGCACCAAUAGGGCCUCAGACAUUCCGAGAGUUUUGUAGCCAGACGUGUUUGAAGAAGUUUGAAGAUAAGAGCAACGAUGUUGAAAUAAUUGGUUUUGAGAGCAGUAAGCCAAAAACUGCUGCAAAAUGUUCUGUGUGUCAUAAAAUAUCGACUGUGAAACACAAUAUCAAGUUGAACGGGGUGCUGAAUCGACUCUGCAGUGACCCAUGUUUGUCAGCGUUCCAGUACGCCAACAAGUUGGCAAUGAAUACCUGCGACAACUGUGGAGGCCUCUGUCCUACGGAGGAGACCGUUUCACAUUUCAUCCAGUUUGAAGGGCAGCAGAAGCGUUUCUGCAAAGAUACGUGCGUGAACACUUUCCGCACAAUCAACCGAAAGAUUGUGCCAUGUGCUUGGUGUGGGACUAAGAAACCAAACUUCGACAUGAUAGAACGCGUUGAUUCUAACAAUAAGUACCAGCUGUUUUGUUCACUGAACUGUCUGUCGUUGUAUCGUGUCAAUCUUCAGGCCAAGUCUAACCAGUCCGUGAACUGUGACUAUUGUCAUAAGUUUGUCCCUGCCCAGUAUCACCUGACCAUGAGUGAUGCCUCGGUGCGGAACUUCUGUUCCUAUAACUGUGUGAUGGUUUUCCAGUCACAGUUCAGUGCUAACAAGACAGCCUCCCAGCCAACCAUUCAUUCACAGCCAACCAAGAUUCAACUACAACAAAAACCAACUAGAAACAGUGAAAAUGCAGGUAUAAAUACAAGACGAAGAGGAACUCAGAACACCCAGAGUUCGUUUCCCAUCAUCUCAAAUGUUGUUUCUCUCGCUCCACAAAGUUCCCAGAAAGGUCAGACGGUGAACAUCAAGUCAUCUGGUUCUGUUCCAGUCAUUGUCAGCGGCCAGUCUCAGACAAUCAGAAUGGGACCAAAGACAGUGACUGCUGGUACCGGGACUCAGCCGGCCACAACCACCCAGCAGAUUAUCAUUCAACCCCCGCCCCCUAAACAGAUGAAGAACAAAUCUUUGUUGUGCAAGCCGUUUGUUCAGACUAAGGCCACAUCAUGUCGCCCACAUGUUCAGACCAAAGAAGUUCAAACUGAAUCUGACUGUGGGAAACCAGUGCUGAUUCCCAUACCAGUUCCAAUAUACAUCCCCACUCCAUUAGCCAUGUAUGCCGCUCCCACGCCACAGUUCAUUCCAAUUCCAAUACCAAUACCAAUUCCAAUAUUUAUUCCAACCACCAAAAAAUCUGCAGCGAAGAUUCUGAAACAGAUCAAGAAAAUCCGUGAGAAGAUCCCAGCAGACCCCUUGGAGGCAGAGUUAUUGCAGAUGGCGCAGGCUGUGGCUGGCGGCGGGGAGGAUUCCGACAGUGACACUGACCACAGUGACGUGGAGGAGAAACAAGAAACUCUGGACGAAGAGAGUAAGGUUGAGGAAGAGUCUAACGACAUCGCCAUGCUGGAGAGUCAGAUUGAUCGGCCGGGAGGUGAAGAGGAUCUUGUACAGAUGGCGCUGCGAAUGGCCGAGGAAAUCACUGGACCGGUCCUCGACCUCGAGAGUAAUGUUCAGCUAGUGGCCGUCAGCAAUGAACCUCCACCAGUGGUUCAUGUUCGUGCGCCCACUGUGCGUGACGAAGACGAAGAUGACUGGAUUCCCACGCGGGAGAGUCGAAGUCGGCGAGGCAAGCGUACAUCGACUGGUCGCGGUCGUGGACGUCAGUCGAAGAGACAGCGAGUUGAGGCGUACCGCGAACCAACGCCAGAACCGUCGCCCCCACCGGUACAACAGCCACCCGCCGACGCCAACAUGCACCUGAAAUUCACAUACGGUGUGAAUGCGUGGAAACACUGGGUGAUCCACAAAAACACGCUGCUUGAGAAGGUGUCGAAACGCGGCUCGGGCAGGCUGAAGCUGUUUAAGACGGAUCUCUUACAGUGCACGGCCGAUGAGCUGAAUUACUCUCUCUGUCUGUUUGUCAAGGAAGUGAGGAAACCCAAUGGGGAGGAGUAUUCACCAGACAGUAUCUACUAUCUCUGCUUAGGAAUCCAGCAGUAUCUGUACGAGAACAGCCGGAUUGACAACAUCUUCACGGAUGUGUAUUACGAGAAGUUCACUGAGUGUCUCACCGAGAUGCUGGCCAAACAUGAACCCAAAGUUAAUACAGCAGGUCAGAUGCUGUGUCGUAUUGAGGAGGAGCACCUGUGGGAGUGUAAGCAGCUGGGAGCGCACUCCCCGUACGUGUUGCUCAACACGCUGAUCUACUUCAACACCAAACACUUCAUGCUGAAGACCAUCGAGGACCACAUGAAGCUCUCCUUCGCCCACAUCCUCAAACACUGGAAGAAAGGCGUUCCCCCUGCAACCACACGCACCCCUGUCAACCAGGUGGGGCGGAGCGUGUCACUCAGAUACUAUUAUGGGCAGUCGAGCAACAAGAAGCCUAAAGAAGGAAUUCCAGUCUACGAGACUUCAGAAAAUCUUGAAAACCCUCUGAGAUGUCCAGUGAAACUCUACGAAUUCUACCUGUCAAAGGCGGUGAACAUCGGUGCAAAAGGAGCAGAUAUUUUUGCCACAAGUCAAGGCCGAUCAAGGCCCGAGAGUAUCAAGAACCGUAACGAUCUGUUCUACCUGCUGCCCGAGCGCAGCUGUGUGCCCGACAGCCCGGUGUGGUACUCCACACAGUCCAUCCCCGUGGAAACCAUGUCCAAGAUGCUCGGUAGAAUCCUCCUCGUCCGCGAGAUCCAGGAAGCCCAUCUACACGCUCAGCCUGUUUACGUGUAAACAUAGCACAGACAAGUGGUUUACGUGUAAACGCAGCACGCCCAGCCCGUUUAUGUGUAAAUACAGCACGCUCAGCCUGUUUACGUGUAAACAAAGCACACUCAGCCAGUUUACUUGUAAAUGUAGCAGGCUUAACCGGUUUAUGUGUAAACAUAGCAUGCUCAGCUGAUUUCAGCUAGUGCUCUACAUUCAUUCAUAUUGAGGACAUUGCAUAAUCAACCCAUCAGUGUUUAUAUAGUGUUGUGUUUAGUUUCAUCAGGAAAAUGCACCAAGUGUAUCUAGUCCAUCAGUGAUUAACUUCCAGUAGUUUAAUGUAAAGUGUUUUCUACAAUUAUUCUGAACUGACAUCCUGUGCUCAAGGACUCGUGAAAGGCUUGUUCUUGUCUGUGAACUCUUUGAUGUGAUGAGACCAAUUAUGUCUUGAGGAAUAAGAUCCUCGUCAUCCUGACUGAUGUGAGGAUUCUCAUUCAACAAGGUCUCACGGAGUAACCUGAGUGAGUAACCCAUCUGGGAAGAUUGGUUUUCUUAAAUAUGUGUUGUUAGUGUAGGAAUGUUGACUGGUGAUUAGUAAAUUAAUUUCUAUAAAACAUAACCAUGUGUUUCAUAAUCAUGUUCAUUUUAUCAAUUCACAUGUGUACAGGGAAAACAACCUGUCAUGUCGGAUCACAUGGUCAACAGACUACAAAAUAAAGUAGGUUUACUGCAUAUAGAGUAUUGGAUGUGUGUGGUAUGUGUGGCCAGAAACGUUGUUUCAUCAACAUAGUACAUUUUGCACUAUCGGACUAUCUGAUGCUCAGCGAUGCAUUAUGAUGUACUGAUUUAUUCAUAUUGAGUACCAACACAAGUAACUUGUUAUGGGUGUUUUUAUAGACAAAUGCUGAAAUCAUACCGGAGUUGUUCAUUAAAAACAAAUUACUAUUGCUUCGAGUCACAUUUUGUUAAGAAAGAUCAUGCUAUUAGUAAAAUUACAUUUAUGACUUUUGCAAGACCAUUUUUAUUUCAUUAGUGUAUUGUGACUUUGUAUCCUGCAGUUUUAUCAUUCCUAGUUGUUGAGGAAAAACUAAUCAAAGUAUUAGUUGUAGAGCGGUGUUACAAUAUUGCUUUAAUCAUGUCAUCGUAAUAAACCCAUCUCUUUUCAUGAA